AUGGGCCGGGUCUUCAUGGCCAACUUGGACUGUCCCUUCCGCACCGCCGACCGGUUGCUUGAAGAGAUACGGGACGAGGAAGACACGCCCGUUAUCAUUGUGGAUUUUCACGCUGAGGCGACUUCGGAGAAACAGGCGUUGGGCUGGUAUCUGGACGGUCGCGUCAGUGGGGUGUUCGGCACCCACACCCACGUCGGCACGGUGGACGCCCGCAUCCUGCCGCACGGCACCGCAUACCUGACGGACGUGGGUAUGACCGGUCCCGUGGACUCGGUAAUCGGCAGCGAUACCCGGGCGGUGCUGGACCGGUUCCUGACCUCGAUGCCACAACGGCUGGAAGUGGCGAAGGGACCUUGCACCUUCAACUCGGUACUGGUGGAAGUUGACGAUCAGACCGGACGCUCCAUAGGCCUUGAGCGUGUCGACAGGAUGGCCGACUGA